CACUUUCUUCGAAACCCUCGGCACCCCCUUCUCGAUCACAUCUCGUAACCUCUCCCCUCCCCUACUCACUUUCUUCUAUUUCCUCAGCCGCCGCCCCGUACUCGAUCUAUCGGAGAUGUCGAGCGCCCUGGACAUGUCCCUCGACGACAUCAUCAAGAACAACAAGAAGUCCACCCCCGGGGGCCGCGGGCGCGGCCGUGGAUCUGGCGCCGGACCUGCCCGACGCGUUCCCAAUCGGUCGGCGAACCGAUCCGCCCCCUAUUCAGUCGCAAAGGCUCCCGAUUCGGCGUGGCAGCAUGACAAGUACGCCGCUCAGACGGGUGCGCUCCCUGCUCCUGCUGGUAGGGCUUCCUCCAUAGAGACCGGCACCAAGCUCUAUAUUUCCAACUUGGAAUAUGGGGUUUCGAAUGAAGAUAUCAAGGAGCUUUUUUCAGAGGUUGGUGAUCUGAAGCGCUAUUCAAUAAAUUAUGACCGAAGUGGAAGAUCUAAGGGAACGGCUGAAGUUGUCUUUUCGAGGCGGGCAGAUGCUUUAGCAGCGGUUAAGAGAUACAACAAUGUGCUGCUUGAUGGAAAACCAAUGAAAAUAGAAGUUAUCGGAACGAACAUUUCAACACCGGCUGCUAUCCCUCAAUCUGUCUUUGGAAACUUUAAUGGCUCUUCCAAAAGCACUGGACCAGGAAGGGGUUCUACAGGGCCACAAGGUGGUGGCCGUGGAAGAGGGAGAGGCCGUGGUCGAGGCAAAGGCCGCGGUGAACCAGUUUCUGCUGACGCACUUGAUGCUGAUUUGGAUAAGUACCAUGCAGAAGCAAUGCAAACCAACUGAACACUUCUAGCUGGCUUCUUUGGUUUACAAUCGCUUGCUUGAUGCUGCUCAAUACUUUUACUGUUCUUCAAGCAUGCAUAUUGUAGGAAUUGAAGAUGAUACUGUUAAAGCACUUACUCGGUUUUGGGGCUUUCAUUUUCAUAUUGUUAUUGCUUUAUGACUUCUACUUGCUACUGAGGUUAAAGACAUAAAGUGAACAUCUGGUGUCUGUUCUUAGCAGUCAUUCAUUUGGUUGGUCAAGCUUCUUUCUCUUUACUUUAUAUUUGCGGCUCAAUGUCGUUGUUAUACAAACUGGUAGAGCUGGACUUUCCAUGGAGAACCUGCAUGAUAAGUAUUUUUGCAGCCAUAAGCUGGGCAGCCUGCAUCACAUGAAGGUGGGCCCUGUGAAUCCUCCAUUUGUAAGAAAGCUUUCCCCUUCAACGUACUUGGAGUUCAUUUAAGCUAUCUGGUCAUUUGUGGUGUGUGGUUUCUUUGUUCAACCGAAGACCAUGUGCUGCACUUGUGUUUCAAUUUGAUAGUCCUUUAGUCAGUGUUAAUACUAUGAUGAUACAUGGUACUGAUUGGGUUCUGUGGAAGUAUCAGUUAAGAGAAGCUUGCUGCUUGUGGAAUUGCAUCAGUUUGGGAUGCCACAGAAACAUGUUUUCAUGACUGACUAUAUUCUUCUAGGUGUCUAGUGUCGAUGUAGUAUCGGCUCCAAAUUUUUUUGAUGGAAAUAUAGGUGAUGCUAAAGGAUGGUUAGUUUUUGGGUGGCCCUGGAUUCGGGAUGGAGUGAGUUGUUGGUCACAUAAUUGGUGUGUUUCUCAAGGAUGUUCAUCAAUUCACUACCAUGCUGGAAAGAGGGGAGUGAAGGGAGUAUUCAUGGCUGAUGUUCUUCCAACUGGAAAUCCAUCAUGGCCUGGUAAAUGGUCAACCCUGCUCAAAGUAGAUAUCAUUUUUCUGGUUGGAACUUUUGCAGCUCAAAGUGUUAUGGAAUACGAAGUAUUCCUUAUAAUUUUAUGUCCUAGUAACUUGAAAGGAUUAUCAAAGUGUGGAUUUAUUUUAUAACCAAACUUGGAAACGGAGAAUAUAGAAAAAGACCUUGACCGUGUGGAGAUGUCUAUACGCCAUCAGAUUUAGCUGCAGAAGGUUCUAAUGGAUUGCAGACCUGCUACUUGGGCCUUUCAUCAUGCCUAAUAUUUUUGUGCAUGAACUGGUCUAACUUGGCACCUCAGUGCUUCUACUUGCAUCACACUGCUGAAGUUCUACACAAUUCUUCCCAGAUGUUUUGUAGCUUUUGUUAGCAGUGUUACAUUUUUCUAUUUAGUUAGGCAAUUAGCCGGCAAGAAGAUGGUCAUGGUCAUGUUAGCUAAAGGGCUUUGUUGAAGUCAUGCUUUUUUAAGGCAGAUGACAUAAUACUCUAUGAUGCUUGGCAAUUCUGCAGAA